AUGGCUGGACGCCACCUGGCAAAGGCUUUAGCGUCCGUGUCUCUCUCUGUGACCUUGGCCUCUGCGACAGUCAGGCCCAGCAGCUGCCCCAACAUCCUGGCCAGCUGGACUCCCUUUUCCUCACGUGAGUUUCCUCUAAAUGUCAUCAUGUCGGGUUCAAAGGGUGCUGCUGAGAAGCCCCACAAGAAGGCCCGGACGUCUCCCUGCCCUGGCUCGCAGGUGCAGCGAAGCCAGGUCCCCACGGAGAAAGUGAGCUGGCAGGUUGAGUGGCGAGAAUACGGCCCUGUGGAGUACACUGCCCGCUCUGUCUUGGCCGGGCCCCUGUGGGCAGACCCCCAGGUGGGUCAAAGGAACUUCUCUCCUAAAUUUAAUGAAAAGGAUGGACACGUGGACAGAAGGAGCCAGAAUGGUGUAUAUGAGGUUGAAAACGGUAGACCUAGAAACCCCACAGGUCAUACUGGGCUGGUCGGUCGAGGGCUUUUGGGGCGCUGGGGCCCCAAUCAUGCUGCAGAUCCCAUCCUAACCAGGUGGAAGAGGGAUAGCAAGGGAAGUAAAGUUACCCACCCUGUUUCUGGGAAAGACAUCCUGCAGUUUGCAGCCAUCCAAAGGAAGGACUGUGGAGAAUGGGCCAUCCCAGGGGGCAUGGUGGAUCCAGGAGAGAAAAUUAGUACCACAUUGAAGAGAGAAUUUGGUGAGGAAGCCAUGAACUCCUUACAGAAAUCCAGGGCAGAAAUGCAGGAGUUGGAGAAACAAUUGCACAAACUAUUCAGCCAGGAACACUUUGUGGUCUAUAAAGGCCACGUGGAUGAUCCUCGGAACACAGAUAACGCGUGGAUGGAGACAGAGGCUGUAAACUACCAUGAUGAAACAGGUGAAAUAAUGGACCAUCUUCCUCUGGAAGCUGGCGAUGAUGCCAAGAAGGUGAAAUGGGUGGACAUUAAUGAUAAACUCGAGCUUUAUGCCAGCCACUCCCAGUUUAUUCAACUUGUGGCUGAGAAACGAGGUGCCCACUGGAGUGAGGACCUGUACCCUGAAAGCCAGGGAUAGUGUCUUGGAAACUCAUGGGAGCCCAAGGCCUUCAAAGGAACAAGAGUGGAUAAGAAGCUAACAGCGCAGAACUCCCACUAAACAGGACAGGGAGGGUCACUUCUUUGGUGAUUAUUUCCAAAAGUUUGCACAGUAUAAAGACUUUGUAUUAGGGAAUAAUAUUAGAUGAAUGAGGGGAAUGGGAUCACAGACUUUCUGGCUUUCCAAUUUGAAGAAGAGAAAUAUAGUCACAUGUAUAUUGUUGUAUAUAUGGUUUAAACCAACUUGUACAACUGUUCUUUGAAGAAUUGUGUGUAAAACAAAGGUAUUGUCCUUACUAACCACAGUUUCUACUGUUCAGCCAGUUUGCAUUUGUCACUUCUUUCUUCCACCUGAUGUGUUAAUGUGGCCUAAUCUAAUGUACAAUCUGACUUUUUCGGUAACACUUAUUUUUCAGAUUUAGCUUUAUGUGAUCUUGUAUUUGUUGCUUUUGAGUAUGGAAGCUCUCUGGUUUUUCUUGUUUUAGAGCCUUCAGUUUUAUGGGAAAAGUUCAAUUUCCAUUUUAGUCCUCAAGGAUCAAGUACUUAUGAACCAGAC